GCAAAUGUGUCAGUAACAGUGACGGAGAGCCAAGAUUAUGAACUGAGGUGGAUAAAACACACUUUGGCGUAUAACUUCAUAAAACAGAGAUACCAAGUUGAGUACUGGAAAAACAACCAAUAUGAAAAGACGCUCCAGAAGUUAAGUAUCAGCAACGAUGAACCACCCUUCAUCUUCACCCCGCAGAUGCUGGCAUCAUCUACAGAAUAUAGGGGGAAAAUGCGUGCAAGGGUGAAUACGCCUCUGGAUUAUGAGGGGCCUUGGAGUGAAUGGAGUGAGGAGUUCACCUGGAAGACUGAGAACGUUCUGCCACCAAUGCUUCUCCCAGUGAUGCUCCCAGCUGUCAUCAUCAUUUUGCUAAUAGUUGCCUACUGCAGCUAUAAGUAUUUCCUCAGGAAGAAGAAAAUGUGGGAGGAAAAGAUUCCAAACCCCAGCAAGAGUCUCCUGAUCCAGAGCUACCUUGGGAAAGUACAUUUAGGAAACUGGCCAACAAGCAGCCAUCUGGACUUCAACAAAUACAACUUUUCAGAGAAGAUGGAGCAGGCUAGCAUCCUUCAAGUUGUCGACAGGCGGAUGAAGACUUUGGCAGAGUCCCCUGAAGGGCAAGCUAAAAAGACAGAUGCUUCCCCUGUUGUACUGGACCUACAGAACUCAUACCAUACUUUGAAUGAGCCAGAGCAUACCCCACUUGUCUGCUCAAGUCAUAUUGCUGGUCACUCGCUUCCUGUUUCAAGGAGAAACAGUGUUGAUGCAAGUAUAGCUUCCCAGACAGCAAUUCCUUGCUUUGCUUUCAAUGGUCCAUACUUGUACAGCCCAGUGAUGUCCUCCCAGCCUGAUACGCGUCAGACCCUGGAAGCGGACCCUGUGGGAGUUUGUGAGAAAUCAGUUUCCCUUCAGUAUGUGACCCUCCCAAAGGAAAACUGUCCCCAGGCUCCACAGAGGCAAGAACAGCCAGAGGCCUGUCCUCCAGAGCCCUUCCUGAUCCCAGAUCAGAAGGAAAUGAUGCAGCACCUCGACGUCUCACCGGCCCCACCAGCCUGUGGGAAAGGCACAAAUAUGCAAACAGAAGAGCAGAAAACUCCAAAAGCUCUUCGCUGUAUCACAUCUCCUCAGCAGUGCCCCUUGGAGUACAUCACCACCGAGAGCCUGGUACUGCCACCAGGCAGGGACUCCACCCAUCCGCCACUUGUCACUGCUGGGGAGUUACCCUGUGACUCACAGGAGCCCCAGCCCCACAGUAACCGCCCUUGCCAUGAGUUUUCUCCU